UGACGAUGUGCCGCGAGUUCUCUGAGGACCCGAAGAAAAUUCAUGCAUUGAUCGGCAUUUUCAAGCGGCUUGAAGAUGGCUCGAACCAUAAUGCCCUCAUAUUUCCUUGGUUCCCGACUCCAGCCAGAUUUAGGAGGAUGCUUGCCGGGGUGCAAUUACACCGCAUGAUUUCUGCAGUUGUUCUUUCGAGGAAAGAUCGUCGUGAAGACGACCCACUGUAGGCCAUGAUAGACAAAGGUCUUUCCUCCACCAAAACCACUGUGAUGCUUGCUACCAUGCUAUUUGCUGCAAUUGGCAACACCGGAAACGUGAUCACCUAUUUGCUCCUUCACCUAGAAGCCAACCCGAAGUGGAAAGUACUCGUCGAGAACGAAGCGAGACAGUUGUACAAAGAUUCGCGCACCUCUGGACGCGACGAUGGCAGACCCUUGUUUUCAAUGAAUUCCAUAGAAACGCAGAUGCCGCUCUUCGAUAUCUGCAUUUCCGAAACGUUGCGCAUGCUUUUCAAAGGACCAUUCAUUAGAAGAAGUGUAGAAGACAUGUUCGUGGACCAAAAACACAUACCACGCGGAACCUAUGUCAUGUUCCCAACCGCCGACCUUCAUUAUAAUGCUGUAUUCUAUUCGACACCGCAGGAAUUCAACCCGGAGCACUUUUCAGCAGAUGCGAUUCAAGAGCGGCGACGACAUGGAACUACGUUCGUGGGAUGGGGUGCUGGUCGUCAUAUGUGCGCUGGGAGAAGAGCUGCACAAAUGCUCAUGAAGGUUAUCGUCAUCCUCCUUCUAUCGCAAUUCGACACUCAUAUUGUUACUGAUGGGGGAGAACCGGUACGAAGAGUUCCAGAACAGGUAGAAAAUCAGUUGUUCAAGGUGUGUCCACCCAAGCAAGCUGUAACACUUCGUUACGAGGUACGGCGCCAGUAACGGUCACUAGGAUUACUA